CAUUGAGGAAGGUAACCCUGUCUCACAGCUUCAAUCCCAGAUCUUGGAGUUGAGACGUAGACAUGAUGAAGUAAUGUCAGCCCUUGCAAACAUGACUAAUGUUCAUACUAGAUCCUAUGUGUAUAUCCCAAGGGAGAAACAAAUUGUACCUUUCAGUGGGGAUCCAGGUAAGGACUGCCAAAAUGUUGAUGAGUUCAUUGAGGAACUGGGGAGGGUUAUAAGAGUGAGGGGGUUGAAUACUGAGGAUCAGGUAGAUUUUAUCCUCUCCCACUUAAGGGGUUCAGCACUAGAUGAAAUCAGGUUGUGUAUGGGGGGGGAGGAUAAGUCAGCUGAAGACCUGUUCUCAUAUUUGAGGGCAGCUUUCAGGGAAAAGCGUAGCACCUCCCAGUUGUUGCACAUAUUUUAUGCCCGAAAACAAUUGGAAGGUGAGGAUUUUUGUGAUUUUUCAAAUGCACUGUCAUUGAUGUUAAAUGCUGCACUGCAACAAGCAUCACAUUGUGUUCCAAAUGUGCAGUUGGUUUUGAGAGACCAGUUUAUAGAAGGGGUGAGGGAUUCAGCACUCCGGAGGGAACUGCGCAAGGUGGUCAGAGAGCGACCUCAUGCUACAUUAUUCGAAGUUCGUGAGGAGGCCCUUUUGUGGUGCUCAGAAGAGAGACCUCGUCCAGCUAAUGUGGCCCGAAACCGAAACCUAGUGAGUGUGGAGGAAAGCGUAGAGCAUGCAAGGAUGACCGCCACUGUACCAAAUGACUUGACUGUAGCCCUACAAGAGGUAAUUAAGGUAAUUAUACAAGAAGGGAAAACAAUCGGGGACCUUACCAAUGCUGUCCGUGAUCUCACGAUUCAGAGGUCUGACCCAACUUGUGAGAAACCUAGUAAGCCCAAGUUUAAGCCAAGGUAUACCCGGGAUGGCCAACCCAUUUGUUUGAGAUGUGAGGGCAUCGGGCACAUAGCCAGGCAAUGCACUGGGCAGCGCUUCCAGGAAAACCCUGUGCCAUCUACGCCUGAGUCUCCGGUUCCGGGAAACUGAGCGCCUUCAUUGCGAAGAGCCGAGCAAUGAGAGGUAGCACUGAUGGCUCAAAGACUGGCACAUUGACAAAAGAGCGGUUUCUGGAGCGUGCAGUGGGCACGUGCCCAGAAGUGGAAAUUAACGCUGGGGGGGGGGGUAGCCAUCAAGUGCCUGUUAGACACUGGCAGUAACGUGAGUACUUUGACAGAGAGCUUCUUUAAAAAACAUCUUCAUGGGGAAGACAAAGACAAACUUGCAUUGUACAAGCAAGUGGUUAAAGAUAACUGCCGCCAACGGGUUGCCUCUUCCCUACCUUGGGUAUGUUGAACUUGAUAUCCAAGUAAUGGGGUUGACUAUACCUGGGUGUGGGUUCUUGGUGAUACGUGACCAAAAUGAUGGGGAGACUGACUCCGCGCCCCCAGGCAUACUUGGCAUGAACAUUGCACAGCGGUGUAAACAAUUGAUUCUAGCUGAGUUUGACAAUGCUUUGGCGGGGACGUUGGAUGCUGACUGGAGAGCCGCCCUUAACCGAGUACAAGAGGCUGCCCAAGUA